AUGGCAAUACCAAAGAUCAAGUAUUCCCAGAUCAGGAGAUACAAGGCUUAUUGGCGGUCGCGGAAUAUCGCGGUGCUAAGAACUACAGCAACUGCGGUCAGAAGGCGUUACCUCACAACUAGGCGCAAUAGGGUCCAAGGGAGAAUCGAUAUAUAUCUGAAAACCCGACGUGAGGCCAAGAGAACCCUGGUAAAGGCCAUCGGAGGAGCGAAAACUCUGGCCUGGCGGGAUUUUUUGUCCUCUAUAGAAGAGGACCCGUGGGAAAAGCCAUACCGGCUCGCCAUGGGCAAACUAAGGGCCCACACGAUACCGGUUACGGAUGCUCUGGAACCAGCGACGUUGGACAGUUUGGUGCGGGACUUCUUCCCGAGAAUGACUACGGCGGCAGCUCCGUUCAUCAGCUCUGUUGCCAAAGACGCAGUCACGGAGACGCCGGAAGAGGUUUUUAAGGCGAUGAGGAGGAUCCCUGGCGGUAGAGCUCCGGGGCUGGAUAGGAUACUGGGCAUUAUGGUGCAAAAGACGGCAAAACAUUGCAGCGUGGGGCCCAUAUGCCUACUGGACAAGGCCGGAGAGUUGUUUGAGAAAACUAUACUGACCAGGGUAAGCGGAUUCCGUGAAAAAAACUGCGUAUUUUCACCAGCGCAGCACGGAUUUCGUAUCAAAUGUUCGACGGUCAGUGCGAUAAACGCAUUAAAGAGGUGUUUACAAAUGUGCGCUGAAAGGGAUUGCGCUGGAAUCGUAAUGUCCCUAGACGUCAGCAACACGUUUUCUUCGCUCCUUUGGGACACCAUUAUGAACUCGUUAGUAGCCAGAGAUUUUCCUGCAAACCUGCAUAAGGUAUCCUCCGGUCUUUUAGGAGGCUUCUUCCGAACCUCCGCGGACAAGGGAAAAGAAGCGACGCCUCUACAACAUAGCAGUACAACGUUGCACUAA